UCGCCACUCGCCUACAUUAUCAUACACAUCCAGUGCUGCUGGCGCUGACUUCCUUGAUGUAAGGUGAGCUACGAACGUGUCCACAUUUCGUUGAGUUGUUUUUCGGCUGGUUGUCUUCUCGAAGUCGCUUCUCUUUGAACUGCCAUAACGGAACUUAACAUAACGUCAACAGCUACUGUCUGCGAGGACUCUGCGCGUGUUCAUCUAAAAACACCAUGAGUCUAAGAGGAAUCAGCGAGAAUGUGAAGCUGGCCCGUGAAUACGCCCUGCUGGGAAACUACAGCUCGGCCAGCGUUCUCUAUCAAGGACUACUAGAUCAAAUCAAAAACUAUGUGUACACCGUGCGGGACAGCAGUGUUCAGCAGAGAUGGCAGCAGUUGUGGCAAGAAAUCAGUGAUGAGAAUCAUCAAUUGCAGGACAUAAUGUCGACUCUGGAGAACUUUCAGUUGGACACGACGCCUGCUAAACCCAGUAACCAUGACAGGCCUGUGCAUGUGGAACAGAGACAUUCACCCUGUCCUGUCAGGCGGCCUGCUAACCCCUAUAAAGACAGCAAACCUCCCAACAACAGGCUGAGCGUGAGGGCCCAGCAGAGGCACUUGUCUCGCGGGGCCAAUGGGGACCAGAGCAAACCAUCCAAGGGCAAAGAAAAGAAGGAGUCGAAAGAGCUGAAGGAGGUCGCUGGCAAAGCCAAGGAUGAUAAGAACAAAGCAGAUGUCCAGGAGAAAGAAGUGAAAAAGUUUGACGGGACGGGAUAUGAUAAAGACCUUGUGGAAGCUUUGGAGAGAGAUAUUAUAUCCGAGAAUCCAAAUGUCAAAUGGGACAACAUUGCAGACUUGGAAGAUGCAAAAAAACUCCUGAAAGAAGCGGUUGUGUUGCCAAUGUGGAUGCCAGCAUUUUUCAAAGGCAUACGAAGGCCGUGGAAGGGAGUGCUUAUGGUGGGACCUCCAGGCACGGGGAAAACCCUUUUGGCUAAAGCGGUUGCUACCGAGUGCAGGACCACAUUCUUCAACGUCUCCUCAUCUACUCUCACCUCCAAGUACAGAGGGGAGUCUGAGAAGCUAGUUCGACUUCUCUUUGAAAUGGCACGUUUUUACGCUCCCACUACGAUCUUCAUUGAUGAAAUUGACUCCAUGUGCAGCCGUAGAGGGACUUCAGAAGAACACGAGGCCAGCCGGAGAGUCAAGGCAGAGCUGCUGGUGCAAAUGGAUGGUGUCGGUGGAGCAUCGGAAAACGAUGAUCCGUCAAAGAUGGUGAUGGUGUUGGCUGCCACCAACUUCCCAUGGGACAUCGACGAGGCUCUGAGAAGACGGCUGGAGAAGAGGAUCUACAUCCCUCUUCCAUCAGCGGAAGGCCGGGUGGAGCUGCUCAGGAUCAACCUGAAGGAGCUGGAGGUGGCCAGCGAUGUGGACUUGGACAAGAUCUCAGAGCAGAUGGAGGGUUACUCGGGAGCCGACAUUACCAAUGUGUGCAGGGAUGCCUCUCUGAUGGCCAUGAGGCGGAGGAUCGAGGGCCUCACACCAGAGGAGAUCCGCAACAUUUCCCGGGACGAGAUGCACAUGCCCACCACCAUGGAGGACUUUGAGUCUUCUCUGAAGAAAGUGUCCAAAUCUGUGUCUGCAUCUGACCUGGAGAAGUACGAGAAGUGGAUCGAGGAGUUUGGGUCCUGCUGAGAAACACCACCACCCGAGUCCUUUUUAUCCGAACAUGCAACUAUCAUUGUGGGGGGUAACGCUGAGUUUAAGUUGUGUGUGUGUGUGUGUGUGUGUGACUGUGUCAUUCCAUCGCUAUUAAAGUGUAAGAUUAUACUUCAGGUAAAUAUGUGCACCACCUCUUCCUCUUGUACAUGUUAAUGUUAUCCAGAAGUCUUAAUCUGAAAAGGUGACUCAAGUCGACUUGAUGUGUGAAAAUGGUUGUUUCACUCAAAUGAUGAAAUUAUGAAAACUUCAACUCCAGCUGUGAGAGACAGUGUGUGGACACAUGUCCUCAACCCACUGACAGAAGAUCGUGAUAUUUUACUGCUACUUUUCUCGUGUCAUAAUAUUCUGCUUUGUACCAGACUGAGAUACUAAGCUAACUGCCAAUCAAAUGUUACUCCUGUUAUUUUUAUUUUUUGUCUUUUUUUUUUUUAAAAGCACUUGAUUGUAUUUAGAACUGUGUGGUUCUUUCACAUUUUUGUAGAUAACACUAACGAGAUAUAAUAAAAGUUAACAAUGAUUAUGGAUAUUAA